AUGCGGGAGGAUGCCGAAAAUCCCGACGACGAAAUGAUUGAAGCGAAUCAACCAAGACAAGUCGAAAAUGACGGGGAGUCCGAUUACGAAAAUGAAGGAUAUUCGGACGAAUACGAUGACUACGAUGAUGAUCGGACACCAUCGGACGAAGAUGACGACGACAUCGACGAUGAGAACGACGAAGAGGAGGAGUUCCAAAGGUCAUAUUACGAAGAAAGUGACCGAGACGCAAUCACCAAUCGCGAAUCGGUAGGCGACGACGAGAUGGAGGCGCGAAACCAAAGACCGCAGGAGUGGUGGAACAUCGACGAUGACGACGUUGACGGGGAUGACCAAACGUACGAUGGUGGGGAUGAAGGCGCUGAGCGAGCAACCGACGAAGAGGCGGAGCGAGCCGGCACAACACCGGCGAGCGUGGAUAGAUCGGGAACGAGAGAAACGGUGGAGAUUAGUGAUCUCGAAGUUGCGACAAGUGGGACAAGAACGAACGGCAACGAAGAAAUAAACGAUUCUGAUCGUGUGUGGCGAGACAUAUUGGAUCGAUUGCUGUUAUCGUCCGACGACGAGAGACGAGUAAUCGAGCCGCAAAGAUCACAACAGCGGAGAAAUCGCGACGACGAGCAAGACGAUCACGAAAUUGUGACAGUUUCGAGUUCGGAUCGAUCGAGCAUUGUCGAAUUGAACGCAAUGUGGAUCGACAUCGACGAUAGCGAUGCCACCACGGUGGACUACGAAGACUUUUACCAAGGAAUCAAAGCUCACAGCAGUGUGCAGCGAGAGGGGAAGAUAUGCAUUCGAACGACGAAGCGCAAUGGCCAACUAACCCCG